AGACCAUUCUAAAAAAUAUUUUUAAAUCUGGACCUUUUGGCCCGCACGUGGCCAAAUAACUCUGUCACGCCGCGUGCAGCGGGCAUGACAAUUUUAUCCUACCACGCCAGCGAGAGCGGCAUGGCCAGAUAACACUGUCAAGCCAACGACGCCGGCGUGGCCAAAUAACGCUAUCACUCCAGCGGGAGCGGCAUGUCACGCCCAGAAAUUCACUAGUAAUUUCCAAACUUAUUUGUGCAUUAAAUCCUCAUCCAGAAAUCAGCCGAGGUACACAAACUGACAAUUUAAUAUACAGAUUCAUCAAGUUAACUAAAACGAUAAAUACUUACAUAAGAGGCACUUAGUCCUCACCACGAAGAAAACUGCAGCGGAAAAUAAAAUCUAGCGAAGCUCCGGCUCCACUCCCACAGGCAGCUCAACUAGGGUAUAAGCCAAACAUCUUCUCCUUCGUAACUUUUCUUCAACUGAGGUUUGAUUGAUUAUUACAAGGUGAGUACAUGGAAUACUCCGCAAGCCACACAGCAAAUAUGCAAGUGCACAAGGAUACCAAAGGAUGACAUAAUAUAGGGCUCAUUUGCAAAAGCAGCAUUUAGCAAACAUUUAAGAAUUGUAAAACAGUAGAGUAAUUAAUCAUCAAUAUUAAUCAACACUGAACAGCACACCCAUGCUGCACAGGCCCAACCAUCCUGAACAACCAUACCCGGCUGUACAGAUCUAUCUCCAAACCAGGAAUAAACCAUUCAAAACCAGGAGCUAAUCAAAUUAUUACCAGUUAUAGCAUCAUUUAUUAUGAUGAAAAGUGUGAGACUAAUCACGAAAGACAUUGUUAGACCUGCCUAUAACCGCGGGCACGGCUAUUCGAAUAGUUUUACUCUGGCCAGAGGUGUACCACUGUACCCACAAGACACGAUUCCACACAUGUUACCAUGCCCUGAAGUACCACCACGCCACUGCAAAGGGGGAAAUCGUGACAGUACCCUUCGCACAACACAACUCAAAGCAGUGCACCGUUCCUGGAUCAUAAUCACCCCCUUAUAAACACAAGGCAUGGACUCCCCAGCGACCCCCGUGGGCUUAUCUCCGCCACUUCUCAGUCUGGUGCCCCGCAAUGAACCAUGCUAUACAAAAGAUAAAGUUGUUGCCCAUACUGGCUUGUGGUUUGCACGGUUAAUGUUUCACAACCGAAACUCGUGAACCAGUCCUUAAUUGUCAUGAGCACGACCAGCAAAACCAUGUGCUCACAACCCACAUUUAUCAAGUUUUAGUUGGCAAAUUAAUUAAUUAACCAAUCAUGAUUAGCCAUCGUGAGCUACCAUUAUCAUGUCCAUCAUUAAGUAGUAGUGAAACAUUAGUUAUCCCAAUAGUGUGCUAAUGUUUCUAAGCAUGGCUAAGCAAUUAUAUCUAAUAUAUCUAGCUGAACCAAUAUAUAAAGCUCAACUAGUCAAAUUGUAACCCAAGGUAUCAAAGGACAGAGUAAUCAAUACAAAGUGGCCAUAACAAAGGUAUAGUUUCACACCAACCGGUGACAUUCGAAAAUAGACCUUUCCAAAAAAUAUUUUCAAAACUGAACCUGGCUGGCGUGGCAGUGUUGUUUGGCCACGCCAGCUACAGUGGCGUGUCAAGCUUUUUAUGUCACGCCACGCUCGCUGGCAUGGCCAAACAACACUACCACGCCAUGAACUCGUGGCGUGGCAAAGUUAUUUGGCCACGCUAGGCGGGAUGGCAUGGCCAAAAGGUUCAGAUCCUAAAAAUAUGUUUUGGGAAGGUCUAUUUUUAAAAUUAAAAAAAUAAAAAGGUUCAAAAAAUAAAAAAAAAGUUCCCAGUUUGGCUGGCCGGUUCAGAUCUGGGAAAUAAAUUUUGGAUGGGUUUAUUUUUAAAAUUAAAAAUUAAAAAGGUUCAUAAAAUAAAAAAAAUUCUUUCGCUGCCGAGCCAAGGGUGGCGCUCCCAUCGUAUUGUUGUUUGUCGUUGCCACCACAAGGUGAGAAAAAGGAUGCAGCCAGGUUUUUUUCCUGGACGUGAUCUUUGGUUCCUGUGAGCCAACCUAUCUGAUCGUGUUCUCGAGGUUCACAGGCAGGAAGAUCCAUUGGAUUGGUUUGAUUUGCAAUUUCUGUAACUUUACCUAUCAGUCUUACCAAGUAUAAUAUAUAAAUUAGCUCUGUGUUGCUGUUUGGAAAUAUUCAGAGAGUUUUUAUUGUGUUGGUAGCUAUUGGUACCGUGAAAGAGAGGGAUAAAUCAGGGCGCUUGCUGUAGAGUGCUCAUCAGAGAUUCACAUUCGCGGAGUUCUCUAAGGGUUCAAGUUAGGGAUAUUAGUGGUCACUUCAAAUCUAGAGAAGCUUAUAGGGAUGUUGAGUUGAAAAUAGGGCACCUCUUCCUAGGGCUUUGUUCGGUGAGGUUAGGGGUAAUCGAGACCCAGCUCGUUAGAGGUCCCCAAUGGAGAGUAGGAUUCAUAUGAUCCCAUGUCUCCCCUCUUAUGCAAAUCAAUGUAUUUCGUGUGAUUUCCUGCUUUGUGGUGCUAAUAUGUGUCCUCUGUGAGGUUGGCAAGUGUUGGGGUUCCUUGAGAAUCAAGACUUUGUCUCGUGAGGCAAGAACUCCAGAAGUUUUGGAAAAGAACCACUGAAGUACCGGGCAGACCUCUCUGUCUUCGGUUGAUAGCUGCCGAAAAAUUUCUGUCCCCCCCCUCUUCUAGGCUACACCUUGGAUUUCAGGUGCAGCUUCUGUACAUAAGAUUAUAAGUAUUAUGGAUGGCAAUGCAGGAAACAAUCAAAUUUUUAGGCUGAAGAAGAUACUCCGAAGACUGCUUUUAGAUGUUCUGGAGCAAUUGGCUUAUACGAGUGGGUUGUUAUGACUUUUUGGGUUAAGACUGCUGGUGCUACAUAUCAAAGAUCUAUGAAUUAUAUAUUCAUGAUCUCAUCGGCUUGUUGGGUGAAUCUAUAUAGAUGAUGUGAUUGUGACGUCUAAAAGUGUUGAUGGACACUUAGCUGAUUUAUGAAGGGUGUUAGAUAGGACAAGGAAUUCUAAAAAUAACUCCAUUUAUACGGCUCUUAAUCCAAUUUUCGCUAGCGAAGGCUAAAGAGGACCACAUGGAAAAAAACCGCCCUAUAUAUCAAAUAGCUCCGCACCAUCUCAACUUUCCCCACAUCCCAACUUCACGACUCCUUCUCUUCUCUCAAGCCGCUCCUCCCUCCUCCUCUCACCAUACAUCUUCACCUGUGGAGCGACAGCGAUGGCGACGAGGGCAAUGGGAGGCAGAUCUGAUGGUGGUAUGGGAGGAGGCUGGUCGCGGUGGCGCAAUAAAGAGUGUGGCGGCGGUGACCCUCCCACUCCCCUCUCCCAUAUCCAGCCUCCAGGUGCGUGCUCUCGACAAUAGCGGCUCCCUCCAGCCUCAACAUGCUCUCGGCAACGGCGUCCGUGGUGGCGAUGGGGGUCAAAUCUGGUGGCAGGAUGACCGGAGACCGUUGACGGUGGAAGUAGUAGAAGUGGCACUGACGGUGACUUCCCCACUCCCCUCCCAUCCUAUCCCUAUCCUAGAUCUGACCAUAGGGAGGCGGCCGCCGGUGGCGGUAGCUCGUCCACGGCGGCUUCAGCAGCCUCCAAGGUCAUCGUUGAUGACAAUGAGUAGUGUUGAUGUUUGCAUGUUUAAAAUGCAGUGAGAAAUCAAUGUAGUGAUCUUGGAUGUCAAUUUGAAUAUGGAUUGGAUUUGAAUCUAGCUUUCUAGACGUGGAUUUAAAAUUUGAAAAUGCAACAAUGUCUCUAGAUGUUGAUUUUUUUUUCCCAAAAGGAUAUCGCUGGCGGUCCUCUUAAUUAGUUGUGUCUCCUGCGAAAAUUGAUUUUGCAGGCGAUCUUCUUAAGUGUCUGCAAGCAAAAUUCUAUUAUCGCAAGUGGAUUUAAAUUUUCAUGGGUGAUCAUAUUAAGUGGUCGUAAGCAAAAAUCUAUUAUCGCAACCAUGAACAAAAAUCUAUUGCCGGCUAGUAGUACCGCCAGCGAAAAUCGGUUUAGGCCACCAUGAAGAACACUCUUUUAAGUAGUGAUUAGGAGUUUGUAUUAAGGAAGCUCUUCGAGUCAUGCAUCGAGAGAAUUUUAGUCCCGUGAAAUUUCCUCCUCACUCGUAUCGUAAAACUUCCUCCCUAAUUUCAUGGAGUCAUCAACUGCGUUAGGGGAUCGAGCAGAAUCAAAAACUGAUCGAGAUCGAUAUUAUCUUCGUAGACCAAAUCACAGUACCGCACGUUACGACGUCCAGGGACCGCGUCAGUUGGCGACGGCGACGUGACGGAGUCGACUCUAUCGUCACCGAAUUGAUCGAUGGUGGCCUUCCGGAGGAUCCGGAUCUCCUACUCCGACCCGGACGCCACCGACUCCGACUCCGACUCGGACUCCGCCGACGCCGGCGACCACGAUAUCAGCAGCCGAAGCAGCAGGACCAACGCCGCCGCACGCCGGAAGGUGAUCGUCAUCUCGCUGUCCAGGAAGAAGGGAAGAUCGUUAUCGCAGUCCGGUCGUCAUUAUCGUCGUCGUCGUUCCGAAAUUCCGGCGGCCGCGGCGAAGGCGGUGGAGGCGGAAGAUUGGCCGUCGUCGAGCGACGGGAUGCGUCGUGGCGCCGUAGCGGCGGCGAGGUCGGCGUCGGCGGCCGCCAAGAAGGGUUCCCGCGGCGGCGUGUACCAGCGCCAGCCCGGGCGGUGGGCGGUGGACUUCCGGGACAGCCAGCUCAAGGUCCGGCAAUGGCUCGGCACGUUCCCCUCCGAGGAGGAGGCCAGGGCCGCCUACGACGCCUUCGAGGUGCAGGUCCGCGCCUCCCUGUCCCGCGGCGGCGCCGGCGCCUCCUCCCCCGCCGUCGCCAUCGCGCCGUCACCUGCCCGCGUCAAGAUCCAACUACCGGCGCCGCGGCGUGCAUCUGGCCGCCGGAAGAAGACGCAGACGACGGCGACGGUGACGACAACGACGACGACGGAAUCAUUAUCGCAAGUGACGGCCUCAUCAGCGUCCCCGUCGUCCAAGGAGGCGCCGCCGCCGUCGUCGUCAGCUUCUGCCGCGACGCCGCCGCCGCUGAAUCCGCCGCCGUUCGUCGUCGAUACAUUCCUGGGGGAGGAUGACCACCUCGCCGCCGACGAGGAUGACCGCUUCGGCUUCGGCCUCGCCGAUCUUGGGCACCUCCCGCUGCCGUUCUUGGAUGACAACGACAUGGACUUCAAGCUCAGCGACAGCGACGAUCUCUCCUUCCUCUUCGAUAUCGGCUUCAUGUGACGUACGUGACAAACCCAACACCAACACGUACGUACACUUUUGUUGUGAUCGAUCGAUUCUUCAUCGAUAGAUCGAUCUCUGCAUGCCAAUCCAUGCAUGAUCGAGUUACAUAUUACAUUAAUUGUAAAUCAACCAGGUAAUUCUUCCAUUUACCUACAAUC